AUGGUACUUAUUCCAGUCGCUACCUAUGGCCUUCAGGUCCCUCCAGGAGACAUCAUCGUCCCUGCUAUUGCAGAAUUCCCUGCUACCGUAAGUCUCCGCAAGCUCUUCAUGCAGCCGCCUGGUCCUCCACGGAAAUUUCGCAUUACAAUGGCUGCCAUCGACCCUAGCGAGAUCGCCGAUGCCAAGGGGAUCGCCAAAGGUGGCCCUCCCCGCGCGACCUUGAAGCUCAUCCGCCAAGAGGGUUCCGAGGAAGACGAAGAUUCUGAGGAGUAUAUGCGCGCUCUGUUGGCCAGCGACGACUCUGAAGAGGAGAGCGAGUCAGAUGAGGAGGCGAACGGUGGCCCAAGUGAUCCAGCCAAGUCAAAGAAGGCCCGCAAGGCUGCUGCCCUCAAGCAGCUCAUGGAUACGCUGGAGAACGCCGAGUCUGACGAGGAGAUGAAGGAUGCCCCCAAUGGCAAGGCCAGCAAGAAGGGAAAGGCCAAGGCUACCGGUGAAGAGGAGGAGCUAUCCGAUGAGGACAGCGAUGAAGAUUCCGAGGACAUCGAAGUCGAGGAGUUUGUUCUCUGCACACUUGACCUAGAGAAGAACUUCCAACAACCACUUGACAUCACCAUCGGCGAGAACGAACGCGUCUUCUUCAAGGUUUCCGGUACCCACACAAUCUACCUCACUGGCAACUACGUUGUUCCCCAGGAUGAUGGACACAACCACCACCACGAGGUCUACGAUUCCGAGGAAGGCGACGAAGACGAAUAUGACCUGUCUCCUGAUGAGGAUGAGCUCGAUAUUGGGAUGGAUGACGAUGAGAGUGAUGAAUUGGAUACUCUUGAGAACCCGCGUAUUACCGAGGUCGAGUCUGAGGAUGAAGCCCCAAAGCUUGUCUCUGCCGACAAGAAGGGCAAGAACAAGCGCUCUGCUGAUGAUAUUGAAGAGGGUGCCUCGCUCGACGACAUCAUGGCCAAGAGCCUCAAGGACGGAGCUCCCGAGGAGAAGAAGCUCAGCAAGAAGCAACUGAAGAAGCUGAAGAAGAACAAUGGAGAGGCUGUUCCAGCCAAGGCGGAUGAGGCCCCAAAGGCAGACAGUCCCGCUGUCAAGUCUGAUAUCACCGACAAGAAGGUCCAAUUCGCCAAGAAUCUGGUUCAAGGUCCAACUGGAUCCGCCGAGAAGGCCAAACCCGCUGCUGUCGAGACUAAGGAAAGUAAGGGCAAGGCCACAUUGGGCGUCAAGAUGGUCAACGGUGUCAAGAUCGACGACAAGAAGCUUGGUUCCGGUCCAGCCUGCAAGAAGGGUAACAAGGUCGCUAUGCGUUACAUCGGCAAGCUCGAGAACGGAAAGGUCUUUGACUCAAACAAGAGCGGCAAGCCCUUCUCCUUCAAGCUUGGUACCGGCGAGGUCAUCAAGGGAUGGGACAUUGGUGUUGCUGGUAUGCAAGUCGGCGGCGAGCGCAGACUGACCAUCCCGGCCAACCUUGCGUAUGGCAGUAAAGGGGUGCCCGGGAUUCCCGGAAACAGCACCCUUAUCUUCGACAUCAAGUUGCUGGAUUCGAAGUAA